AAGGCACGGCGGUAUCAGGAAUGGGUUAAUUACCACGCCGGGCCGGCCCACGAGGUGGGAACCUCAGUUCCGAGCCUCUGCUGCGCUGGGGACCGGGUUCUCGUGUUGAACGCUUCCGGAGUCGGUAAAUGGCGGUCCCGUGGAGCGCGCGGCUGCGGUGGUUUGCACCUUUCUUACAGUUAAAUGCUUCUGAAAGGUUGCUUCCUGCCUCAUGUCCUUGGCAAAAUCUGCCCAAACGAAACAAUUCAAAUAGAACUUCAGUAGUUCGCGUUGGAAGGCAAGUCUACGCCAGGCUGUAUCCUGUUCUGCUGGUUCAACCUGAUGGAUCUACUAUCAAUAUCCGAUACAAGGAGCCCAAAAGAAUUAUCACUAUGCCAGUGGAUGUUUCUCUUCUACCAGAAGCUGAACGGAAAGCAAGAAUGCACAAACGUCGCCCCAAGAAAGUCAAAGUAAAAGAAGAGCAACUUGAAGAUGAAUUUAAAGUUGAAGAUUACAGCAAAUUCUGGAAGAAAAAAUAAUCUUCAGAUUGUUGGGUUUUAGAAAGGCAAAGCCAUUAGUGAAAGGCUUGAUGUGUCAACGGCACUAGAACGGCAGAUUGAUGGUGCUCAUAUAUAUAAGUCUCAAUAAAUUUGUUGAUGAUUUAAUGAACUUCGUAUUUCUAUAUGAACAUGGGAAAUAAAGCAAUGGAUUCUUACUGUAUUUCUACACCAACUGCUAGGAGAAAUGUUUUUGAAUAUUAAUAAGUUGUUGGCCUCCAACUAUCAUAUGCCAGCUUAGAUUCCUUCCCCUCCCCCCCCACCUUCUUGUGAUUUCUGCACCAUUCCUUCCCAGUUCUGAUGAAGGGUUCCAGCCUGAAAUGUCAGCUGUCUGCUCCCAACCAUUGAUGUUGCCUGACUUGCUGAGUUCCACCAGCAUUUUGUGCAUCUGUAAAAUCUCUUUUGUGGUCCCAAAACUUGUAAUACUCCAAGAGCAUUUUGACCAAUACCAUAUAAAGCCAUAGCAUUACAGCCUCGUGUUUAUAUAAUUAUGCUUCCUAUGCCUUUUCUGCCUACAUUAUAGGAGUUUGACAUGCAUGUAUUUUGAUAAAUUGCUCAGUGCCAUGAAGAACUAGUUAAAUUGGCUUGAGCUUUACAAUGUUAUUAGUCAAGUCAAAUCACUUUUUAAUUGUCAUUUCGACCAUAACUGCUGGUACAGUACACAGUGAAAACGAGACAAUGUUUUUCAGGGCCAUGGUGUUACAUGAAACAGUACAAAAACUAGACUGAACUACGUAAAAAACAACACAGAGAAAGAAAAACUAUGCUAGACUACAGCCCUACCUAGGACUGCAUAAAGUGCAUGAAACAGUGCAGGCAUUACAAUAAAUAAUAAGACAAUAGGGUAGUAAGUAGGUGUCAGUCCAGGCUCUGGGUAUUGAGUCUGAUAGCUUGGAGGAAGAAACUUACAUAGUCUGGUUGUGGCCAUUUAACUGAAAUAUUACAGCUAAUUUCAUUUUAUUAUUCUAAAGAUAGAACAAUAUGUAUAAUAAAUGCAAUCUUAAUAAAUGAAUAAUAGUUUUGGUACUAAGAUUACAGACUCGCACUUUGUGAUCCGUUGAAUAAUGCUUUACUAGGAUAGAAACAGUUACAGAAAUGAUGGAAGAACUCAGCUAGUCAGCAGCAUCUGUGGUAGAAGAAACCGGUCAAUGUUUUAGGUCAGUCCCCUGACCCUUCCCCAGCAUCACAUCAGUUCUGAGGAAGAGUUGCUGAUCAAAAGCAUUGACUGGUUUCUCCUUCUACUUAUGUUCCUCAACUCAGUUCUUCCAGCAUUUCUGUACUUGGAUUCUAACAUCAGUGUUACUUGUUUUCUUCUAUUAGGACAGGAGAGUGCUGUGAAUGGUUUGGCCUCAUUAACAUAAAUCAUGCCACAUUUAAAACUGAAGUAUGAUUUUGUUUUAACACUGAUAAUGUGACAAAAACGGAAUGGUGGAAAAUUAAUAACAUGGAUAAGUCAUCUGCAUAGGAGCUGUUAGUUCAUUUCCAGUUUUAAAAAGGCCAAAGAAUGCCAAAGUUUACACAUGCUAUAGAAUAUAUGAU